GUCGGCCCCGCCCCCACUUCCUGUCAGCUGACCGCCGAUGCUGUCUCCGCCCACGAUGACGGGCUGAUCCCCCCCGCCCGCCCCCCCACGGCAUGGCCUUGACCGAUCGGUCAUCGGCGCGGCCGCCGCUGCUCCUGCUCGUUUCCUGUUUCCUGUGUGCCGCCUCAUCAUUCCCGCGAGACUUGCAAGCGAUCAGCGUGUUGGAUGAGUCUGGAGACUUCCCAGCGUUCCAAAGUCUGCUGCAGGAUAACCGGACGCGCCGGCUGGGUCUCCACUUCCAAGGGAUGACGCGCGUCAACCGCAUGCUCUUCAUCACCGCCAGGGAUCACGUGUUUGCGGUCAAUCUGACAACGGCGGCGGAGGCCUUCGUACCUCAGAUGACGCUGACGUGGCGUGCCGCAGAUGUGAGCAAGUGCGCGGUCCGCGGGAAAGACGGCGACGAGUGUUACAACUACAUCAAAGUUUUGGUGCCGCGCGACGACGAGACGCUGUUUGUGUGCGGCACAAACGCGUUCAACCCGGCGUGCCGCAACUACAAGACGAGCACGUUGGAGCAGGUGGGCUCGGACCUGCCGGGUCAGGCGCGCUGUCCCUUCGAGUCGGGCCAGUCCAACGCGGGAACGUUCGCCGACGGAGACUUCUACUCGGCCACCGUGACCGACUUCCUGGCCAGCGACGCCGUCAUCUACCGCAGCCUGGGAGACGGCCGUCCCGUCCUCAGGACCGUCAAGUACGACUCCAAGUGGCUUCGAGAGCCUCGCUUCCUGCACGCCGUGGAAUAUGGGAGGUUCGUCUACUUUUUCCUGAGCGAGAUCGCGGUGGAGUAUACCACCUUGGGGAAGGUGGUCUUCUCUCGGGUGGCCAGAGUCUGCAAGAACGACAACGGCGGCUCCCCGAGAGUUCUGGACAAGCACUGGACCUCCUUCCUUAAGGCUCGUCUGAACUGUUCCCUUCCCGGAGAGUCUCUGUUCUACUUCGACGUUCUCCAGUCGCUGACCGGCGUUCUGCAGAUCAACGGUCGCCCCGCCGUGUUAGCUGUGUUCACCACGCAGGCUAACAGCAUUCCAGGCUCGGCGGUGUGCGCGUUCUACAUGGACGAUGUGGAGGAAGUGUUUAGCGGGAAGUUCAAGGAACAACGCGGCGGCGACUCGUCGUGGACGGCCGCGCCUGAGGACGCCGUGCCUCGGCCGCGGCCCGGCUCAUGCGCGGGCGACGGGCCGGCCGCCGACUUCAAAUCUUCGGUGGAUUUCCCGGACGAGACCCUGGCGUUCGUCAAAUCUUUUCCGCUGAUGGACGGUGCCGUGCCCGCAGUCAACCGGCGGCCAUUUUACACCAGGACGGCCAGCGGGUCCAAGUUGACGCAGAUCGCCGCCGACGUGUCGGCGGGUCCGCGCAAGGAGCGCGCGGUGGUGUUCCUGGGCUCAGAGGACGGGAGGGUCGCCAAGGUUCUGGUCGCCACGCUUCCCCACGACACCUCGGGCUCCAGACUCCUGGAGGACAUCGACGUCUACGAUCCCGACAAGUGCGACCUCGGCGUCCGGGAGGAGGACCGCAGGGUUUUGGGACUGGAGCUGGACAAGGAGCACCACGCCUUGUUUGUGGCAUUCGGCAGCUGCUUGGUGCGCGUGCCGCUGAGCCGAUGCGGACGGCACGGCGCGUGCAAGAGGGCGUGUCUGGCCUCCCGUGACCCCUACUGCAUCUGGCUGCGCACAGGACGCUGUGCCGACACGGCGCCCGGGUUCAAGGCGGGCUUCGAGCAGGACAUCGAGGGAGACCACUCCAACAUGGCCGCCUGUGCCGCCGACAUCUCGGCGACCUCCCGCGACCGGGAAAUGGCCGCCGACUCGGCUUACGGUAAGCCGCCUCCCACCGCUGCCGCCGGAUGAGCAGCUGCGCCUUGGACAGGUUUUGACGUCGAAAUCCGUCGUCGUUUCAAUUCGGAGCUGUUCCGGGCCAAUACCUGGAAGCGAUUCAUU